GGGAAUUAAUAAACAAAUAUAUGGACAGCUAUGUAGGUACUACAAGUUCACCUACAUGUGCCUCUAGAUAAAGUCGUAAAGGUAGUAAUGGCACAACGAGGAAAACGAAUAAACAAAAACGACAAUGACUUGGCGACUUGCCCGGGGGCAAUUAAAAGGCGCAAAUGUAGAUUGGGCCCAACGGCAACGGGCGCAUCAGCUAGCUCGUCUGCCCUGGGACCGUCCGAGGAGGAGGAAACGAUGGCGUCGUCGAGUCAGGGGCCAACAGCAGGUGGUAAUAAUGGGGGUAGCGGUGGUGCAUCGUGGACACCGAGACCACUGAGUGAUAUCAAAAUAUCGAGUAUAUACAAUCGCUCAGCAGCCGAAGCACCAGCUGAAUUGUUUCGUAAAGAUCUUAUAAGCGCCAUGAAACUGCCAGACAGUGAGCCACUUAGUCCUAAUGAAUACUGGGUUAUUACUGAUCAGUGGAAGCAGGAGUGGGAGAGGGGUGUACAGGUACCAGUUAAUCCGGACUCCUUGCCGGAGCCCAUGGUCACUGUCACCCAGACGUCACCCGUUAAUAAAACCCAUGGUGACUUUAAAUUGCCUAAAAAAUUCAUAAGGAUAUCACGGGACGAUUAUUUCAAUCCUGAAGAACAUCACCUCAGUACAACACCAACUAGGGCUGAGAAGGCGUGCGCUUAUGAUCUCGAUGAUACUGAUAUUGCAUGGCUCGAAGUACUCAACGGCGAGAGAGCUCAGGCUGGUCAACCAUCGAUAACCGAGCCCCAGCUGGAGCGUGUUAUCGAGGAGCUCGAGGUCCGCUGUUGGGAGCGCAUUCAAACAAUAGUUAAGAACGAAGAGGGCCUCGGCAUCGAGUACGAUGAGAAUGUAAUAUGCGACGUAUGCAGAUCACCCGACUCUGAGGAGGGUAAUGAAAUGGUAUUCUGUGACUGUUGCAAUAUCUGCGUGCAUCAAGCAUGCUACGGUAUAACGGCAAUACCCGAGGGCUCAUGGUUGUGCCGUACUUGCUCUCUAAGUCAGCGUCCUGACUGUGUAUUGUGUCCAAAUAAAGGGGGUGCAAUGAAGUGUACACGCAGUGGACAAAAGUGGGCCCACGUAUCCUGUGCACUGUGGAUACCAGAAGUCAGUAUUGGUUGUGUUGAGCGUAUGGAGCCAAUAACUAAAAUAUCCAGUAUACCACAGAGUAGAUGGGCACUAAUAUGCGUAUUGUGUCGUGAACGAGUUGGUGCUUGCAUACAGUGCAGUAUAAAAACUUGUAAAACAGCUUAUCAUGUAACGUGUGCAUUUAAGUACGGUUUGGAGAUGAAGGCUAUCAUUGAGGAUGAAAUGGCUGAUGAUGGAGUCAAAUUGAGAUCUUACUGUCAGAAGCACAGUAGAACAAAUACCAAGGACAAAGUUGGUGUUGGCGGUGGUGGGGGUGAUAAAGCUGGCUCUGAGGAGGAGGAGGGUGAGUCAAGACGACGUAAACGUAAGGACAUGACAUCCGAGGAGAAGAAUCAGGCGAGAGCAGCUAAACUCCAGGAAAUUGAGGCUGAAUUCGAUAAGCACGUCAACCUGAAGGACAUAACAUCCCAACAGUUGGACGUUGAUCCCGAUGGUAUUGUCUACAUCUACAAUUAUUGGAAACUCAAGAGAAGAGCUGGACACAAUAAACCCCUGCUGGCGCCGCGCUGUGGUGAACUCUCAGGCAGUGGUGCACGUGCACAGGGACAGGCCGCUGAUCUCGAGAAAAUGCGCACAUUUGUGCAAUUGCGUCAAGAUCUCGAACGAGUUAGAAAUCUUUGUUAUAUGGUUAAUAGACGGGAGAAAUUAUGCAGGACGUUUUUACGAUUGCGUGAACAAACAUUUCAUAAACAGGUACUCGUACUCUCUGGUCCACAAUUACCACAGGCAGUUGCAGCUGCUGUGGCUGAGGCCAAUCAUGGCCCAUCAAUUUACGAUCGUUUGUACUCACAUCCCGACGGUGAGGAUCAUACUCGUGACUUUGACACUAUUAUCGCUAGGAUAGAGGGUAAAAAGUCACCGACACCGGUGUCCGGUGAUGACAAGAAGAAAUCACAGCCGGAUUUCAAUGGUGCAUCGAAUAAAAAAUUGUAUUUCAAUGGAACAGUCAGGAGAAAAGGCUUGUAUACCAGUGAUUUGUCGUCGUUUAGCAGUAGUGAGACGGACACAGCAAAGCCCACGGUUAAGUCGACGAGUAAGGCGAGUAGUAAGAGUAAAAUGAAAUUGGAAACUGACUCGAGUACGGAGGAAGAGGCCAGUGCUACGACGAUAGCAUUGAAAAAACCCACGAAAACAAUUGGCAGGAGAAAGCAGAAGAAGACGAGUGCACCUGACAGACCGAGAGCGACUGGUGGCAGUGAGAGUGAUAAGCAAGACAGUACAGGCGCAAGGUCCAAGACACUGCAGCACAUGGAGAAGGAGCUUGGCAGUGCUUCGGGUAGCGAUAGUGACGAAUUAUUUCCACUCAAUACGAGUACGAGAGUGGGACCUUCUGCGGCAUCUGCCAUCUACUCAACAGAUUCUGAUUCUCAGGAGCACACGGCUCAGUCGGCGCCGUUCAUCUCCAAGGCGGCAGUUAAGCAAUUUUCAGCUGCUGACAGUGCGAAAAACGCAUUGAAGAACUUUGGAAAGGAGUCGAAGGAUGGCGAGGCGAGUAACAAGGAGAACGUUAAAUCAAAGAAAAAGGAGAAGGAGUAUAUUCCAUCGGCGUUAAUCGUGCCCCAGAGGCAGGCGGCGAAGAAGGCCUCUGAGAUAAUGCAGAGGUCACAGGGCAAGAAGGAAAUACCUCAGGAGCCGCCUGAGCCCAUCAAGUCACCACCUGAGGAGGCCAAGCCUCCCAAGCAGAAGGACAAGCCUGUGUCAAAGAAGAGUAAGGAAGCGAAAGUCUCAAAGGACUCUAAAAACAACGAUAUCUACGACUUUGACAAGGAGUUUGGUGAUGGCUCUGAAAUCCUGGCUUAUGUGCCUCAGAGACAAGCAGCGAAGAAGGCUGCUGAGCACAUUAAGAGCGGCCUGGGCACUAAAUCCACUCAACCGGAAGCUGAAACUGCUGAAGUCAAGUCCAAGAAAGAAUCUCCAGACACAAAAUUCAAGAAAGACACGAAGAAGGACGAAUCCCCUAAGAAAGAGGAGGCGCCCAAGAAGAAAUUACCAGAAAAGGCGUCUUCCAGUACCAACAGUGACUCGAGCUCAAGCAGCAGUUGCAGUAGUUCCUCGGAGUCCAGCAGUGAUUCAGACGAUGGCAAGAGCAGAGCUGGUUCAGCAUCGUCGGCCAAGAAGAAAGACCAAAGCUCAUCGGCAACAUCAUCUGAGAGUGAUACGAGUAAUCAAUCUAAGAACAAAGUAAUGAACAAACGUACAGGUAAAGCAGUUAUGAGUGACGAUGCCGCGGAGGGGAUUGAUAAACGUGGUACAGUGGCUGGGCGGAAACUCAAGAAGCUGCCUGAUAAGAAGCUUAAAACUUCCGACGGGCGGCAUGGACUCGAGUUUCCACCGCCGCCUACUGAGAGAAAAGAAUCAGGUAGAACUGUCACCAAGGAUUCAAACCAGUCGCGGCAAUCGUCAUCCACACUCGCAUCAUCAUCAUCAUCAUCAGCAACACCCCCAGCAUCAAAGAAAACCGAUUCAACGAGAACGCCCGAUAUUACCAGUAAAAAGUCACUUCAAUCCCAAGGUAGUGUUAACCAAGGUGUGCUCAGUGGGUCUAGAGAUAAUGAUGGGCCAAGAAGUUUAUCUGGGCCCAAAUCAUCUAAAAAGACAUCACCAAUCAAGCCAGCCCAGCUGCAGCACCAGUCCUCCACGAAAAAUCGUAAAGAGGAGGAGCAGUCCAGCACGAGCAGUACACCAAGAGGCAAGUCCGGUGGUGAGGCAAGAAAGCGAAAAUCAAGUGAGGUCACUCAAAAAGAAGACAAAUCUGGUAAGAAUGCGGCUUCGGUCAAGAAAAAUGAGAAGAGGGUAAAUGAGAAGACAGUCGAGAAGGAGUCCCCUGAAAUUAUAGAAGUAAGACCUAAAGAAAUUGAGGAACUUCCUCUUGAGGUGGAGAUUAUUAAACCUAGUAAACCAGAGCCAAUACCUAAGCAACGUCCUGAGUCACCUAAGGAGGACAGAAGAACGAAGAAGGCUGGCAAUAAGAGUCCUAUGCACUUACUGCUGCUUGAGGAGGAGAUGAAACAACGACGGGCUGAACGCGAUAGUCCUAAGAAGUCCUCCAAGGGUCUUGACAAGUUUUUGGAGAAACGAGAACAUCUGGACAAGCUAUUCAAGGCUAAGGGGGUUGAGGCGAGGCACGAGAAGGAGCCGAGUGAAGAAGCACACAAGGAGGGUCACAAGGAUGUUCACAAAGAUGUUCACAAGGAUGCUCACAAAGAUCGCAAAGAUACUCACAAGGAGAAGCCCUCGAGGCUCGAGGAGAGGAGAUCGCAUGGCUCAGAGGGGCGUAAGAACCACACAAGUGAAGGUGUUCCAAAGAUCUCUGCAAUUUGUGAUAGUGAACACCCGGAGGAGCUUGUGAACGCCCUGAGAAGAAAGAGGGAUCACAAGGGUGAGUCUGAGCCUUGUGGGAUUCUCACCGUCGUUAUGGAGAAUCCACCGCUCGGUAAGGAGCAAGAGACCUUCCAAAAGCCCCAGACAGUCCCCGAGAAACAGGUACCAGACGUUCAGUUCGAGAAGGAGAUCCUCAAGCGACGAAAGUCCAUCAAUCGUUCCAUAUUUUCGCCUCAGCAUGGCCAGUGCAAGGACCCCAGUGUGUCUGAACUAUUCGACUUUGAUCAGGACAUCCUCAAUGACGACAUCAACGACGAUGGCUUCAGCAUACCCAGGGACCCUGAGGAGCGUCAAGCCCCUCUAACCUUCUCCUUCAACAACGAACUAUGGUUCAAGGAGGACACGAAAGAGGACAGCGCGAGAGAAACUCUCCACCUGGUCGAAAAACUCCGAAUGGAACUCUCGAAAAAAUCAAACACCAGUCAAUUUGAUUCAGAGCCUCCAACCACUGAGGAAGUGAAGAAAGAGGAGCCACCUCCAUCCAAAAAAUCUUCAGAAGCCCCUCCCAAGGAUCCGAAGCCCCAGGAAGUCGCGUUGCCCCCGGAGCCCCCACAAAAGCCCCGGGAGAUCCCUCAAAGCCCCGAAGAGACUCACAAAAACCACUCAAUCGAGGAAAAACGAAAAUCCUGUUAUCCAAACAACGCCGAGCCCUACGCGCCCUACCCCAACGACGACCUGGCGUCCGGUAAAGUCGCCAUUGCCGAGCGAGCAAAACUGGAUAGAGCGCAGGCAGACGAGAGAUGGGUGCCACCGAGUAUAGAGAACUUCAAUCCCAACGACGUACAGCAUCUCAGUCAACUGAUGGAGAGUCAAAACCACAGAUACUCACACGGAUUUCCCAAUGAUAUUACCUCGGUGAUGCCAGAGAACAAUGCUGACGCUCUGGUGCACCCUCAACUCAACCUCAACAUGCAGGAUCAGUAUCAAUUGAUGCAGCAGCAGCAGCACGCAAUGGUACGAGCCCAUUUGGAUCAGCAUCCAGAGUCAAGGCCAAUGCAGCAAUUACCGAUGAUGGAUCAGCAGUUGCCAGGUCCCAUGGUGGAGGAGAUGACGCCCAUGGAGAUGGUUAACAGACACCUGAUGGCACUGCCGAAUGCUGAGGACGAUCAGAACAGUGAGAUUGACAGGGGCCUCGAGAAGGAGGAUGCAUCGUCUGACAUAAGGCAGGACUACACCCAAAGCAGUUCCCCUUACAACGACAUCAACAACAGCAGGCAGGAUACCAGGUGGGCAGAGAGCCAGGUGUUGCCCUCGAGGAGAUCAACCUCCUCCUCGAUAACAUCUGCCUCGUCCACUGAGGAGCACGCGUCCAUACCACCCUACAAGAACAUGGCACCUCUGCCAUUUCCACCAGGUUCCAUGGAGGGAGGCCCCUACCAUCCCUACGCAGACUCGAGUGCCUACGCAGGUCCAGUCUCACUCUUUCCACCUCAAUCAUGUGCAGCACCACUCCCUUAUCCCUCUCCAGGCACGGGGAUGUUUCCUCCCGUCUUUGGCGCCCCCUUUCCAACCCCCCAGAGCUUACUACCUCACGUUCCCAAGCCCCUGGACGACUCCCUCAACAUGCAGGCCUCCCCCUGCACAGCAGCCUUCACCUCAUCCUCUCAUAACAUGGCACUAACAGCUGCCAUGGUAUCUCCACCCAAAAUCCCGACUCCACCGCCCACUGAACCUACUCAACCCACCCAACCCCCUCCCAGCCUUGAGCCUGCCGAGGAACAACCAACACCUGAGACCAUUCAGCCCCAGGUCACCUCCCCAGCGUUACCCAUGACUUACCCAAAUAACAUGCCUGAAGCUCAACAACUACCUGAACCGGUGGUUGAGAAUGUUCAACCACCAGAUCAGAAGGCCAGUCAGCCUGGCAAAAAGAGCCCCUCCAAGCCCACGAGAAUGUCAGCGAGAGUUGGCUCUCUGCAGGGUAAAUCUCCUGGCAAGUCCCCCAGGCAGGAGCCUGUCAAGCCCCCAACGACAAACAGGGGAAGACCUAGGGCACCAAAGGGCUCUCAGCAGGGCUAUCGGGGUCGAGGAAGGGGCAGGGGUCGGGGGAGAGGGCGAAACAGCCAGAAUGCAGCCAUCGCGAUCCUGCCAACCCUCAGCAAUACCAUUCACAGUGAUGACUCCAUCCAAAACAAACUCGUGGGCACUGUCUACGACUUUGACUCUGACGAGGACUCUACCAACGAAACCAACAUUGCUGACUUAAAGACCAUGAGGGAGAGGAAGAAGUCCACUGACGUCAGUGAAAAGCGUGAGUCGAGUAUUUUGAAGGAGGGGAUUCAGUCGUUGUCGAGUCCAAGUGUUCACAAGAAGUCUCCAGCUGUCUCUGAGUACAGCAACAUGACAGAGGCCACUGCUGUGGGCCAGGGCUUCACGGACACUGUGAUGCCUCUUCUUCCAGGUCCCGUUGAUAUGAGGACCUAUAACUCGACGACUGAGGGACAAACGUCAUCUCUUCAUGCUCAAACCUACGCGAAUCACAUCCUCGGGUCUUUCUCGGGUGUCUCCACAGAUCCGGCUUUACCAGACAUGGAGGACGAGCUGGCAGACGCCCUUCACCUGUCGAAGCCAGACGCCUCGAGCUCCAAGACCAGCUUCAAUGACCCAAGUAUGGAGAUGUCGUCGAGUGUCAGUGAUGGAAUAAAAAUGUCGUUAUCAGACUCCAGAAAUCAGCUCAAAGUCAAGAUCAAGGGCCCAUUCUUGGACGCCAACUAUGUGGCAGGAUCGUCAGUACCUCCACUGGCUCAGCAAGCCCCAGCGAUAAUUACGCCAUCAGCAACGAGUGCCUCGGGUAUCUCUGGCACCUCGAAUCUCCGAAGAAUGAGGAAGAAGGAAUUACUGAGGCAGUACUGCUCUCAGGCUGACAUGAACACUGAGGACUCUGGUAUUGGGAGUGUCACAGCUGCACCAAUUAACAUUCCACCGAUCAAUAGACCCGUAAUUACAGUACCUAAAGCAAUUAAAUCAGUGGCUGUAUUCCCGACCAGAGAAGAUUACAGGGCUGUGGUAGAUGCUAAUAGCACGGAGAAGAAGAGGAGAAAAGACCGGGGUGGAGGUUUUCCAGAGGCACCUGAGGACGAUGCGUCUGGUCGUAGGCCAAUUGGUGGCACUAAUACUGACAGACGUCGGGGCAGACAACCGAAGACACCAGCGGGGGUUGUCAACAGCGCACCACCAAAGCUUAAAAUCAAAAUUGGUAAUAGUAUCAUGGGACAGGAGAUGGGCACUGUGCAAGAGGAUAGAAGUAAGAUAAGGCCUCCGAAGAAGAGACUGAGCAACAUUCAAUCUAAACCGAGUAUUGAGGAGCUCAAGAGGGAGAGCAUGAAGUUCAGGAGGAUGAUAAUGGCUGGGUUUGAUGACGAUGAGAUGACUCAGGAGAAGAGCAAGAAGGAUAAGAAUGGAAAGAGGCGGAAGAAGCAGAAGGGCAAAGAGGGGAGGGUGCAGAUACUCGAGGGUGGCACAUCAACGACGAAGCUCAUUAUCAGACUCAGCAAGGGAACUGAGGCGCAUCACAAGACUCAGGAGGCGUCGGGCAGUGCUGCCAAUGAACGUGUCAGCCAGCCUGAGAAUCCGGAGAGUCGGGUGGGCCCUGGUGCUACUGAACCCUCCAAGAGUGAUCCCACUUAUCCAUCGGACAAUAGUGCAAGUGAAAAACAACCGGUUGAUCAGAACACUUCUAGCACAUCGGUUGGUAAUGUUAGGUCUGCCAAGGUAACGCCAAUCAGAUUAAAAUUAACAAGGUGCAAUCAGGGUUACGAGCUACAAGCGCCAGCUGGUACCAGUGGUGAGGGAACUGGUACAAGUGAUACUGUGACUAAUCCCGUUGAACAGGUAGCAACGGAUGCUGAUAAAAAUACUGGCGAUGGUGGGUGUGAGGAGACCAGUGGGGAGAAAAAGACUUCCAGUGAGGACGAUGUGAAAAUUAACAGUCAGACAACAACGGCGAGCCACAAUUCACCGGGUUGUCCAGCUGCAGCGCCUCUACCCCAAGGAUGCCAAGUUAGGUGAUAAUUAAUGAUAAUUGUAUAAAUACAGUAAUCAAUGGCUCUUAUUAGAUUUAUUUACUAUCAUUAUAAAUAAAAAAGAGAAGAAGUUUUUAGAUAUAUGUAUAUAUUAUAUAUAUAUCCGAGUAAUGUAUAUAUAAUAAUAUUCAUAUAUGUAUGAUAAAAGUAAUGUUUCAGUGUUGGACACGUAUACACAAACACAAUACACAAAGUGACUCGUUUUUAAGAAAACUAAAUGAAGGAAAACGAACUUUGCUCAGUUUUAAUUUUUUUUUUUUGUUUGUAAUGAUUCUCUCUCCAUUGUUCAAUUUCUUUUUUUUCUAAAUGUAAAUUAUUGAAUCUAUAUGUAAAUGAUCUGAGGGUGAAAGUGAAAUAAAUCACAAAGUGCCCCAACAAAUUCACCAUAAAUUUUAGUAUGUACAUUCUGUUUUCUUUUAUGUAAUCAUGAGGAAUUAAUGGUGAGUUUGGGUUGAGGUAUCACUCGUUGGUUUUUAUAGUUAUUGUGUUUUCACCUGGUUGACUUUUCUAGUGAAGUUUUUCUGCAUUUUCGGGUUUUAAUCAGCAAUUUUCGAUGAUUUUUUUCAAGUGCCAUCAUGGAAUUUUGACACUUGGUGUAGACAAUUAUGAUUUAUGAUCUUUUUCUAACGAACAUGCGAACUAAUCUGCUCAAUAGUAAUAACGAUUGAUACCUUGACCGAUCGCCCUGGGAAAUAUUGAAUUCCUAUCUUUGUACAAAAUUUAAAAAACAAGAAUAAUCACUGGUUAAGGCCCGUGUGUAUUAUCUUUCGAACGUGUUCUUGUUUUUUUUUUUAUUUUGAUAAUCUGAAAGGUUCUUCAAUUGCCAUUCAAUUUUGCAUACUCGUGGAUUCUUAAAAAAUUAUGAUUAAUUGAAAAAAAAACUGAACAUUUUUAAAGAGCAUUUUUUAAUAAUAUUG